AUGGCAAAGUCUCUUGGGAAAAAGAGAGAUUUCAACGCGAGUUUGACGAGCGAUUUGGAGCCACUCGAGAAGAAGAAACGAGGAUUUCUAAGGGAAUUUCAGCACUCAAAUGAAAAGAAAACUUUCGCCGGUCCAUCCGUCUGCUUGCAAGUUCCACAAUCGGCCACUCAACUCACGAAAGAACAACCGGCUAAUAAAAAAAUGAAAAUUAGACAGGUCUUCUUCUCGAAUCUGUUCGCUGAUGCUUCAAAAAGUGUUGAAGAUCCACCGCAAAUGCCCGUGGCAGUGAAGACAUCAUUGGACACUUCAAUGGCCACAAAGGAUCUCGGUGAUCGUGUUGAUGAAACGGUGAACCCGAAACGAUUUGGAGAAACCUUUCAACUCGUUCAAGCGACACGAUCAAAGCUAAAGCCUUUGCUGAAAAAAGAACAGACCUCUGCCACUUCAUCGCCAACCGGGAAGACCCUGAGAACACCGCUGCUCGAUCUGAAGAAUAAACCGAUGCCAUCUCAACACUUCUCCCACCCCAGGACUGAGCCUAAAAACGAGAAAAGAAACUUUGCCACUCCAUUGAUGAGGAAGCCGGGGACAUCACACGCUUCACGAGUCGUCAUUGAUGCUCCGAACACUCAACAACGACCACCACCUGGCCGCUCUCAACUCUCACAAGGGGCGAAUAGAAGCGAAUCAAAUAAUCGUAACCGCAUA